AUGAUGCCGUCGGAGAGCGGAGCGGAGAGGCCGGACCGCGCGGCUGUGCAGAUGGGGAGCGCGGCAGCCUCGGCGGGGGCCACGGCGGCCCCGGCCGGCGGCGGCCCCGACCCAGAGGCCGCAUCGGCAUCCCCCGGACGGCACCUCAGUAGGCUGGGAUGGCCACAGGUGAAGCGGCUGGACGCGCUCCUGAGCGAGCCCAUUCCCAUUCACGGGCGCGGCAACUUCCCCACCCUAAGCGUGCAGCCCCGGCAAAUCGUGCAGGUGGUCCGCAGCAGCCUGGAGGAGCAGGGACUCCAAGUGCACGGGGUGCGGCUGCACGGCUCAGCUGCCAGCCACGUGCUGCACCCCGAGAGUGGCCUGGGCUACAAGGACCUGGAUCUGGUGUUCCGGGUGGACCUGCGCAGCGAGGCGUCCUUCCAGCUGAUCAAGGAGGUGGUGCUGGCCUGUCUGCUGGACUUCCUGCCCGCCGGGGUGAGGCGGGCCAAGAUCACGCCGCUGACGCUCAAGGAGGCCUAUGUGCAGAAGCUGGUCAAAGUGUGCACGGACACUGACCGCUGGAGCCUCAUCUCGCUGUCCAACAAGAGCGGCAAGAACGUGGAGCUCAAGUUUGUGGACUCGGUCAGGCGCCAGUUCGAGUUCAGCGUAGACUCCUUCCAGAUCCUGCUGGACUCCCUGCUGCUCUUUAACCACUGCUCGUCCACGCCCAUGUCCGAGACCUUCCACCCCUCCGUGAUCGGCGAGAGCCUGUACGGGGACUUCCACGAGGCCCUGCAGCACCUGCGCCACCGAGUCAUCGCCACGCGCAGCCCCGAGGAGAUCCGGGGCGGGGGUCUGCUCAAGUACUGCCACCUGCUCGUGCGGGGCUUCCGGCCGCGCGCGGGCACCGACGUGAGCGCCCUGCAGCGCUACAUGUGCUCGCGCUUCUUCAUCGACUUCCCGGACCUGGCGGAGCAGCGGCGCACGCUGGAGCGCUACCUGGAGGCCCACUUCAGCGGGGCCGACGCCGCCCGCCGCUACGCCUGCCUCGUGACGCUGCACCGGGUGGUCAACGAGAGCACCGUGUGCCUCAUGAACCACGAGCGCCGCCAGACCCUGGACCUCAUCGCCGCGCUGGCGCUCCAGGCGCUGGCCGAGCAGGGCCCGGCCGCCACCGCCGCCCUAGCCUGGCGCCCGCCCGACGGGGUGGUGCCUGCCACGGUCAGUUACUACGUGACCCCCGUGCAGCCUCUGCUGGCCCGGGCCCACUCCGCCUACCCCACCUGGCUGCCGUGCAACUGACUCGGACCCUGGCC